AUGGCGCACGACGCACAUUCGCGAUGGCGAUUCGCCACGUGGAACGUAGCAUCGAUCAAUAACAACCCGUUCGAGCACCACGCGUCGUCCGGGAAGGAGAGUAACGACGAGGACGAUGUCACAGCGUUUAUUAUUUCGUGUGAGCGGUUUCUGUGUGCAGACACUUCGACGAAGCCCAGCGCGUCGGCAUCGGGCGCGCGAACGGUAAUAGAGACGUCACUGUGUCGGAACGAUCGUUUAGACGCGAUCGAGCGCGCUUUAGUGCAUUCGUGUGGGCGAGAUGCGGGGAGAGUGGCGAGGGCGCGCGCGGCGUUCGAGCGGGACGUUACGGCGCGCGACGCGGCGGCAUUCUUUUUAGAUGCGGAAAUCGGUUCGAAACGGUUGUGUUCGAUGCCGGAUCGCGUAACGAAUACUAUACGAGCCAUGGAUUCUGUGACGAAAGGGGAGCGGACGUGGAUGCGACCGACGGUUAUUAACUGUUACGGCGAGCGGAUGACGAGCGAGGACGAUUGGUUUCGACGUUGGAGCGAAUACAUGUUCGACUUUACGUUCGUCUCCGUCGAUGGUCGAGAACGAAAAGUGAUGGAUCUGAUGAUUCCUAUCAAAAGAGCGAAGUAUCCGGCGGUGAGCGAGGAGGAGGAAGCGUUGGGGAUCGAUUUACAAGUGUUUUACCUGUACGCGUUCGACCAGGCGUUGGUUACCUUGGCGACGAGCGCCGCUGGGUCUUUCACCGGUUGGCAAGACGUUCGGGCUAAAUUGGUGGACGAUUUAGUGACACAUAAGUUUUCUCGCACGCUGGACGCGUUGGAGAAGAUUUUUCUCUCGAGCGGUGACGCGGUGACGCCGCAGACGGCGGCGUGCUUUCUACAGGAAGUCGGCGCGUCUCUCGCCGACGCCCUCGAGGCGCGACCGCACGUGAAAUCGCGCUACGACGUGCUCCGACCGAAAGACAUGGACGUCAAACGCGAUCAAAACUCUAUCAUCGUCUUGUCCAAGGCGUUCACGCGAGGGUGCGAGAUCACGGAGGCAACGAGUGAGAUUUUGGAGACGCUUGGCGACGGCGUGACCAAGUUUUCCAAGGGUGAUUUCUGCGCCUUCUUGGCGCACAAGGUGUUGUUCUGCUCGUAUCACGGUGAUACAGACGGUUUACAGACGAAAACCAUCACGGGCGCGGUUCAGGAUUGGUGCUCGGCGAACGCGAGCGUCGUCGAUGGAUGCGUCUUCGGCAUGGACGCCAACACACACGUCUUCCAUCGAGAGGGUAAGAAACAGGGCGCGCGCGACUUAAUUGAUUUUGUCGCGUCUUCGACAAAGUUCGCGUCGUGCUGGACGCUCGCUGGCGUUGACAUCGAGCGCGAUGCGAUGACAACGUUCAGCGCUCGAACGUUUCUCCAGGCGCAGCUCAACAAAGCCAUCAAACGAGACGAGUGCGCCUCGAGCGAGCUCACCGAUCGCCACCCCAAGGAUCACGUCCUCGUAACACUCAGAGACGAUACCAGCGCAACGAUCGCGUCGAGCGUGGCGAUCGCUCGCGUCAACGCGAUCGAUUUCACGGUGGAUCCACCAAAGGCGCUCGCUUUCGAUCCGUCCGCCAUGUUCCCGAACGCGCAGUUCCCGUCCGACCACGCCUGCGUGCUCUUCGAUUGCGCUCUUUCGUUUAUGCAUCAUUAG